AGCUGCAGGUUCUUCGGUUCUUCCUCAGACUGCUGGUCUACACGGAGCUCUGAGACCAGGAGGAGGACUCACAGGACCAGAUCACAAACAGGACUAACUCAGAGUCUGAUUCUACUCUCUAAGGGGGACCAGACCACAAACAGGACUAACUCAGAGUCUGAUUCUACUCUCUAAGGGGGACCAGACCACAAACAGGACUAACUCAGAGUCUGGUUUAACUCUCUGAGGGGGGACUCACAGGACCAGACCACAAACAGGACUAACUCAGAGUCUGAUCUUACUCUCUAAGGGGGGACAUGAAGAGUCUGGAGACUCUGUGGGUCCUCGCGGUGCUGCUGGUCACACACAGCGUGGCCAUCAUCAGAGUCCCGCUCCAUAAAACCAGAAGCAUGCGUCGUCUGAUGAGUGACAGUGGGCGGUCUCUGGAGGAGCUCAGAGGUUUAUCCAGGACCUCAGGAGGAGCAGCGAGCGGCCUGCCCACCCCCCAGGUGCCCGUAGAGAGGCUGACCAACUUCAUGGACGCUCAGUACUACGGGGUCAUCAGCAUCGGGACGCCUCCUCAGGACUUCACCGUGUUGUUCGACACCGGCUCUUCCAACCUCUGGGUCCCCUCCAUCCACUGCUCCUUCUUCGACGUGGCGUGCUGGCUUCAUCACCGCUACAACUCCAAGAAGUCCAGCUCGUACGUUCAGAACGGCACCGUGUUCUCCAUCCGGUACGGCCGAGGCAGCCUGUCCGGCUUCAUCAGCGAGGACACGGUCACAGUUGCAGGUCUGCCCAUCCCGAAGCAGCAGUUUGGUGAAGCCAUCAAACAGCCGGGCAUCACGUUUGCCGUGGCGCGGUUCGAUGGCGUCCUGGGGAUGGGGUACCCGGCUAUAUCGGUCGCAGGCGUCACCCCGGUGUUCGACACCGCCAUGGCCGCCAAGCUGCUGCCACAGAACAUCUUCUCUUUCUACAUCAGCAGAGACCCGUCAGCAGCCGUCGGAGGAGAGCUGAUGCUGGGAGGGACGGAUCCUCAGUACUACACCGGAGACCUUCACUACGUCAACGUCACACGGAAGGCAUACUGGCAGAUCGAGGUGAACGGAGUGGAAGUUGGAAACCAGCUGACUCUCUGUAAAGCGGGCUGCCAGGCGAUCGUCGACACGGGGACGUCCCUGAUGGUCGGGCCUGUGGAGGAAAUCAGAGCGCUGCACAAAGCCAUCGGAGCUCUGCCGCUGCUGAUGGGAGAGUAUCUGAUCGAGUGCAAGAAGAUCCCGUCGCUCCCCGUCAUCUCCUUCAACAUCGGGGGAAAGCUGUUCAACCUGACCGGAGAGGACUAUGUGAUGAAGGAGUCUCAGAUGGGAACGUCGAUCUGCCUCUCGGGCUUCAUGGCGAUGGACAUCCCGCCUCCUGCAGGACCGCUGUGGAUCCUGGGAGACGUGUUCAUCGGGAAGUACUACACUGUGUUCGACAGGAGCGCUGACCGCGUGGGGUUCGCCCCCGCCAAGUAACUCACCAUCGACUCUCCUCUGCAGCACACCUUCACAUUCCAUCAUUAAAGCAUUUGAUGCUCUGUCACUUAAUGCCUCACACACGCACACACACGCACACACACAUUAAUGACUCGCUUCCUGCCACUGAUCAAAGACACCGACUCACUCGGUUUCCUCUUCACUCUCACACCUUCCAUUUAGUUUUUUAUUUACCAGCUUCAGAUCAAACACGCUCCACGGUCUCAUCACAGGAACUGUUUUUCUAUUCUUGUAUCUCAGGAUGUUUCUUUUUAAAAAGUCUGAAUUUUAAAACCAAAUAAAACUUUAAACAAAUCCUCAAA